CACACAACCGACCCGUAAAUGUGGGCACAGUCGCAGCCUCCCAUUCCAAGCAGUUGCCAGCCACUCAGUCAGUGUCAAGCGGUCAGUUUGCCUGUAGCCAUAACUUGUGUGCGCUCCGUCUUUACGCUUCAACUGCAUGCACUACAUAAUUCAAUUAAAAUUAAAACGCAAAUCUAGUCAAAUAAGUGAAAUUGCUCCAAAUUCACGGCAAUUAAACGACAAAUCCCCAAAGCCCGCGUGGGUAGCCGCAUGACAAUGAGCGUUGGAGGCGCUGGCGCUACUGCCGUUGCUGGUCAAACCCUUGAGAUGCAUCGCUCCAGUUCGAUGCCCGUCAAGCCCAAGCCGAUCGAGACGAAGCCUCUGGCACGAUCGCCUGAAAAGGAAACUGUCGAUGAUCAAGAAGUCGAUUACUAUCCGGAAAGCCCAAGUUUUGUGCGUCGCCGCAAAUCCAAGUCGGCUGUGGAUCAGCUGGAGACGCGCAGCGAACAAAACUUUCCUUAUACUACGGACUGGGCUGGCAGCACCAUUGAGCUGAGUCCUCAGGCGAGCUCUUCCGGCGAAGGCCUACGACGUACCAUUCAUCGUGUGAUGGAGAAGAAUGGUCAUGAAAAUGUAGUCUUUCGACGAAUCCCGGAGAAAUCAUGGCGCUACAUUCGUGACUUUGUCACAACGUUGAUCGAAUUGGAUUGGAAGUACAUGUUGAGUCUCUUUCUGGGCAGCUAUUUUCUCAGUUGGUUCUUCUUUGGCGUGCUCUGCUACGUGGUGGCCUAUUCCCAUGGCGAUUUUCUCUUCGACGCCGUCAGCGGCGAUCGCUUGGGCGAGGGCAAGGAGCCGUGCAUUAUUGGAGUACGCAGUUUUGUGGCCAUGCUGAUUUACUCGAUAGAGACACAGACCACGCUAGGAUUUGGCGAGAAAUAUGCCAGCGAGGAGUGUCCGGAGACCAUUUUCCUAUUCAUUGUCCAAAUGUUGUGCUCGGUGGCCAUUGAGGGCAGUAUGGUGAGCGUUAUUUAUGCAAAAACAGCGCGUCCAGCCAGACAAAUGACAAAGCUCAAAUUCAGUGACAAGGCGGUGAUUUGUUAUCGUGAUGGGAAACUGUGUCUGCUCUUUCGUGCUUGCGAUCCACGCGAGCAACAGUCUAUAGAAUCCAAAAUACGCGUCUACAUGAUUGUGGACAAGCAGACGCGCGAGGGUGAGGUAAUUAAGACUCACACGGAGCUUAAGCUGGUGGGCAAUGGCGAGCAGUUGAUUGUGUGGCCCGAGAUCAUUUGUCAUAUCAUCGAUGAGACGAGUCCCCUACAAUGCUUCUCCAACGCCAAGCAGUUCAAUGCCGCGCAAUUUGAGCUCUAUGUGUCCAUUGUGGGUACUUCACCGGCCACUGCUCAAAUGACCGAAGCAAAGACCUCGUAUGUUCCGCGUGAAAUAUUUUGGGGUCAACGAUUCGUAAAUAUUAUACAUUACGAUGUCGCCCAGGAACGUUAUUUCAUAGACUAUGAUAACUUCAACACAACCAUUUCGGUGGACAUGCCCCUCAAACAACCAGAGCAGAAAUUGCAACUGGAGUACAGGAAGUAAAGCGAAUAAAAUAUAGGUGAUAUAAUCUAUGGUAUACAUAUGUAUAUAUAUACAUACGUACAUUCUAAAUAAAUACGACUAUAUAGAUUAUAUUUGUUCAAAAACUAAUAAAAAUUCGCUUUGGAAUUGA